GUCUGAAUGAAUAAUCACAGGAUUGAAGGAUAUUACGUCUACAGGCUUUCAGAAACACUGCGAACAUGGCAAAUACGUGUGUUCUUUUUGGUGCCGUGAUCGCAGCAUCUUGUUUUCUCUUGAGUGCAUCACAAAAAACAGAAUGCACACGGGAGGCUGUGGCUGAUAUUGUCUUCCUGGUCGAUGGCUCCUGGAGUAUUGGAUCAGAGAACUUCCAGCGUAUCCGGGCGUUUCUCCACACUCUGGUAGCCAGCUUCGAUGUGGCCCCAGACCAUGUCCGCAUUGGCCUGGCGCAAUACAGCAACACUCCCCGCACUGAGUUUAACCUUAACACCUAUCAGAAUAAACAAGAGAUUCUCGAGUACAUUGACAAGCUGCCGUACCAGGGUGGAGGGACGAUGACUGGCAAGGGACUGGACUUCAUCCUGAAGGAGCACUUUGUGGAAAGCGCAGGAAGCCGUGCCAGAGAGAGCGUGCCCCAGAUUGCUGUGGUCAUCACAGAUGGCCAGUCACAGGAUAACGUUGAAGCGCAUGCCAAGGACCUGAGGAAUCAGGGCAUCACCCUUUACGCCAUCGGCAUCAAAGAUGCGGACGAGGAGCAGCUGAAGGAGAUUGCCAAUGAGCCCCAUGAGCAGCAUGUGUACAGCGUCUCUGACUUCAGCGCUCUCCAGGGCAUCUCCCUGAACAUCGUGCAGGUGUUGUGCACCACCGUGGAGGAGGCCAAACGGCAGACCUCACAGGUUUCUGCAGAAUGUCAACAGGCAGCAGUUGCUGACAUUGUGUUCCUUGUGGAUGGCUCGAGUAGCAUUACUAUCGAUAGUUUUAAUCAGAUGAAGCAAUUCCUUCAAUCAUUUGUGAGUGGACUUACUGUUGCCUCAGACAAAGUGCGCAUAGGUCUGGCACAGUUCACUGAUGACACGUACCAGGAGUUUCUGCUGAAGGAUCAUGACAACGUCAGAGAUGUUCUUAAUCAAAUUGCCCAACUCCAGUACCGUCAAGGAGGAACUUAUUUGGGAAAGGGCCUCACCUUCCUUCACGACGAGUAUUUUACCCCGGACGGAGGCAGCCGACCUAACGUUCCAAAGAUUGUCAUGGUGAUCACAGACGGCGAAUCCUCUGAUGAUGUAGCAGGACCAGCCCUAAUGUUGCAGAGAUUGGGGAUUGUCAUCUACGCCAUUGGGGUUGGCCAGUAUGAUGUCAAACAGCUGCAAUCUGUUGCCAACAAACCUAGUCAGCGUUUCUUGGUAGGCCUCAACAACUACCAGGAGCUGCAGAACAUCAUGGACAGCAUGCAGAAAAAAGUUUGCAGCGCUGUGACUGUCCAAGCAGAGGUGUGCACUUCAGCCAAAGUAGCAGACAUUGUGUUCAUUGUGGAUGAAUCCAGCAGCAUUAAUCCUGUGAACUUCCAACUGAUGCGGACAUUCAUGUUAAGAAUCCUUAAAGACCUUGAAAUCAGUUCCAAUGGUGUGAGGGUGGGCUUAAUGACUUACAGCAAUGACCCUCAACUUGACUUCCACUUGAACACAUACACUGAUAAACAAGAUAUUUUGCUGAGCAUAAAGCGGUUACCAUACGGUGGUGGCGACACAUACACAGGAAAAGCUCUGACAUUUGCUAAGGACAACAUGUUCACCAAGGAGAAGGGGAGCCGGCGUGACAGUGGUGUGCAACAGAUAGCCGUAAUAAUCACAGACGGCGUGUCUCACGAUAACGUCAGUGGUCCAGCUCUGAAAUUGCGUGAUUUAGGAGUUAAAGUCUAUGCAGUGGGUGUUAAAGAUGCAUCUAAGAAAGAACUGAUAGAGAUGGCCACCGACCCAGUUAGGAACUAUAUGGUAUCCAUUGAUGAUUUUGUGAAACUUAAGUCAAUGGUAGCCAAUCUGACAAAAAGAAUUUGCCGUGACAUUACGAAACCACCCCCACCACCACCAUCGAAACGAGACUGUGUCAAAACAGAGGAAGCGGAUUUCUUUUUUUUGAUUGACCACUCGUCCAGCAUUCCCUACGACGAUUUUGGCCGAAUGAAAAAGUUUAUUUUGGAAUUUAUAGAGAUGUUUCCUAUUGGACCAAAACAGGUACGCGUUGGCCUGGCAAAGUUCUCCACCAGCCCUAACCUGGAGUUCAACCUGGGCGAUUACAAAGACAAAAAGUCUUUGGAGAAGGCUGUGGAUGCUGUCAAACAAACUGGAGGGGAUACUUAUACAGGAGCUGCUCUGAAUUUCAUGAGCCCGUAUCUUGAGGAGGCUCUAAAGGCCCGUGGGGAUGAGGUGCCCAAGUAUCUCAUUGUUAUAACGGAUGGAGAGUCACAUGACAAUGAUGUUGUGAAAAAGGCAGCAGAGAGAUUACGCCAACGGGGCAUCACCAUUUUUGCCAUUGGGGUGAAGGAUGCCAAUAACGACGAGCUGCUGGACAUUUGCGGUGAUCCUAAGAGGAGGUUCUUGGUCAAUAACUUUGAUGCACUUAAACCACUCAAGGACGAUAUUGUGACAAACAUAUGCUCUGAAACAGCAUGCAAGGAAAUGCUGGCUGAUGUCAUACUCCUGAUUGACAGCUCUGGAAGCAUCGACCCCGAAGACUUCCUCAUGAUGAAGGCUUUCAUCAACAACACAAUUAUGCGGUCCGUCAUCGGGCCAGACUCGGUGCGCAUGGGGGUGCUGCAGUUCAGCACCAUACAGAGGGAGGAGUUUUCUCUCGACAGCUCCCAAACCCGAAAUGACCUUGUGCAGAAGGUGAACGCCAUGCGGCAACUGGGUGGGGGAACUCUGACUGGUCAAGCUCUCAGCUUCACCUCCCAGUACUUUGACGCCUCAAGGGGCGGGCGCCCCAAUGUCCCAAAGAUCCUGAUCGUCAUAACAGAUGGUGAAGCUCAAGAUGCCGUUAAGUUGCCAGCGCAGGCUCUGAGGGACAAGAAUGUGGCCAUCUACUCCAUCGGUGUGGGUGGGGCCAACAUAACCCAGCUGAAUGAGAUCAGUGGCAUCGCAGACAGGGUGUAUACAGAGACAGACUUUGAUGCCCUCCAGUUUUUGGAGGAUAAAAUUUUCUACAAGAUCUGUCAUCCUGACACAGACUGCACAAGGACAGAGGUGGCAGACAUGAUCUUCCUUGUUGAUGGCUCCAGCAGUAUAACCGCGGCUGAAUACAAGAGCAUGCAGCGCUUCAUGACCUCACUCGUGAAUAGCACCAAUAUUGGAGAGAACCGGGUCCGUUUUGGUGCCAUUGUCUACUCGGACAAGGCGGAGUCGAAGUUCACUCUGAACCAGUACGAUACCGCAAAGGAGGUACGAGAGGCCAUAACAACCAUUGUAAAACCAGGUGGAAACACUUACACAGGAAGAGCCCUGCAGUAUACACUGGAGUACUUUGGAAAACAACAUGGCGGCCGUCGGGAGGAGGACGUACCUCAGAUCCUUUUCAUCAUUACUGAUGGAGCAGCCACAGAUCCCGUUUUGUUGCCUGUGUGGUCGAGAGAGAUCCUGAGUUAUAAUAUCACGAUAUAUGCCAUCGGCGUGGCAGGGGCCGAACAGAGUGAGCUUGAGAUCAUGACUGGAGGAGACAAAAGAAAGGUGUUUUAUGUGGGCGACUAUGAUGCUUUGGAGGUCCUGCACAAUAACAUCUCCAGUGAGCUUUGUAAAGACAUCAAACCACAAUGCGAGAAAAAGGAGAUAGACCUGGUCAUGUUGACAGACAGCUCCCGCAGCAUCAGUGCCGGUGACUUUGGCAUCAUGAAGACGUUUAUGAAAAAGGUGGUGAGCAGCUUCCACAUCAAACCAGAGGCUGUGCGGGUGGCCCUAGCUCAGUUCAGCUCUUUCCCGGUGAAAGAGUUCCAUCUCAACGAGGUCGACAGUGAAGCCGCAGCACACGCCAAAAUUGACGCCAUUGAUCAAAUAGGACAACUGACAUAUAUCGGACGGGCCCUCGAGUUCACCCGGAAGCGCUACUUCAAGACGGAAAACGGUAGCCGGAAAAACAAGGGUGUCUCACAGAACCUUAUUGUGAUCACCGAUGGCGAAUCACACGAUUCAGUGGAAGAAGAGGCCAGGCUGCUCAGAGCCAUGCAAGUGGAUGUGUAUGUCAUUGGAGUGGGCAACAUCCACAGGGAUGAGCUGAUUCAGAUCGCUGGUCAUCCGGACAGGGUCUUCAUCGUGAACGACUUCCGUGUCCUUGACCAAAUCAAGACAAAGUUGGUGGAUACGGUUUGCGUGCCAGCUGACCCACCCUUCGUUUGCUCUGUGGACAUCGGCAUUGGAUUUGAUAUUUCCAACAGGCCCAAACCAUCACUAUUCAGUACACAAGUGAAACUUCAGAAUUAUCUACGAGACAUUGCAGAACGCGUCCCGUCACUACCCAACCUGUGUUGUGCACAGGGCCAGACUAUUGAGGCACAAGUCGGCUUCCGUCUGGUCUCUAAAGAGGGCAGGAUGCUGGAUGAAUUCAAGUUUGAGUCAGUCAGCAAAGAUGCGAUGAAAAAGGUGCUGGCGAUGCAGACAGUAGAGGACCUUGCCUUCAAUGCACAGCUGCUGAGGUCCUUUAAAGAAAUGUUCAGGGAUUCAAAAGCUGGUGUGAAGGUGCUGAUCAUCUUUACUGAUGGGCUUGAUGAUACCAUUGAGAUGCUUCAGAUAGAGUCUGAAUCUCUGAGAAAUAGCAAUGUCGACGCGCUUCUGGCGGUGGCUUUGGAUGGAGUCACAAAUGCCCACGAGCUGGAGCUGGUUGAGUUUGGGCGAGGAUUUGGCUACAAGCAACCUCUUGCCAUCGGAAUGCAAAAUGUGGAAAGUGCCAUAAUGAAACAAAUUGACACGGCUACAGAGAGGGUGUGCUGUGGCGUGAUGUGCAAGUGCAGUGGUCCAGACGGAAUGAGAGGACCACGAGGAUCACCAGGAUCAAAGGGCCCUCCAGGGACAAAGGGUCAUGCAGGAUAUCCCGGAGAUGAGGGUGGUCCUGGAGAAAGAGGCCCUCCAGGUCCCAAUGGAGCUCAAGGAGUGCAAGGCUGCCCAGGGAAAAGAGGCAUAAAGGGAGGAAGGGGCUACCGAGGCGAUACAGGAGAAGAUGGAGAACACGGAUUGGAUGGAGUUAAUGGUGAACAGGGUGUCACUGGUUUGGCUGGUGCUGCUGGAGACAGAGGAGACCCUGGCAACCCAGGCCACCGCGGUAUUAGAGGGGACCCUGGCGUCAAGGGACAGCGCGGUCUGAGAGGCGAUCCUGGAGAGCCUGGGACAGACAAUAGACAAGCAGGCCAAAAGGGAGAGAAUGGACACAGAGGACUGCAGGGAGACGCAGGACCAGACGGUUCGCCAGGAAGACCAGGAGAUGCUGGGAAUACAGGCCCUCAGGGGAGAAGAGGUAAUCCAGGUGUCAAGGGAUCAAGGGGAGCUCCGGGAGAUAUUGGGAUCCAGGGCGUCCCUGGGCCAUCAGGCGCUCAGGGGACCAGAGGACCAAUCGGUCAAAUAGGGCAAGGUGGCAGUUCUGGUUUACCUGGCCCUCAGGGACCACCAGGAACUACGGGUCCCAUCGGAUCUCGAGGAGGUGCAGGACCAAAGGGACAAAAGGGUCAACAAGGAGAUCCUGGAAUCAAAGGAGGGAUUGGAUCUGUGGGCCCCAGAGGACCCCCGGGACUUGAUGGGAGAGAUGGCUAUGGACCUGAUGGACCCAAAGGACAGAAGGGGGAGACAGGCUUUCCAGGUUAUCCAGGACUACAAGGAGAGGAUGGUACUACAGGUCCAAGUGGAGGCUCUGGAGUCAAAGGAAACAGGGGGCGAGGGGGCAAUGCUGGCUAUAGCGGUCCACCAGGGGACCCCGGAACUAGUGGACCAUCUGGACACAGGGGCCCAAGAGGAGCUCCAGGACCCAGGCAGAUGAGUGACUGCGAACUAAUCAACUAUGUGCGGGACAACUGUGCUUGUGCUUCAGGUGUGAUAGAGUGCCCAGCCUACCCCACUGAGCUGGUGAUUGCCCUUGACAUGUCUGAGGACGUGACCCCUGAGGUGUUUGAAAGGAUGCGCGCCAUUGUCCUUCACUUGCUGGAGGACAUGUCCAUUUCUGAGAGCAACUGCCCCAGGGGUGCCCGGGUGGCAAUAGUCUCCUUCAGCUCCAGUGUGAAGUACCUGGUCCGGUUCUCAGACUACCAUCGUAAGAAGCACCUCAUUGAAGAGGUGAAUAACAUUGCCCUGGAACGCACCUCAAACCGUCGCAACAUUGGGACAGCCAUGCGGUUUGUGGCCAGACAUGUGUUUAAGCGCACGCGAAAGGCUCUGCUAAUGCGAAAGGUGGCCAUCUUCAUCACCAAUGGUGCCUCCCAGGAUGUCAAGUCAAUCAACACUGCUGUCUUGGAGUUCAAAGCCCACGAUAUUCACCCUGCUGUCAUCUCCUUCAGGAAUGCCCCUAAUGUUCAAAGUGCUUUCGAGGCUGAUGAAACCCAGAGUUUUCUGCUGAAACUGGUGGAGACUGGAAAAGAACGCCAGCAGACAAAUGACGUUAAGAGGUGUAUAAUAUGCUAUGAUCCUUGUAAAAGAGAUGCAAACUGCACCAAUAUGAAUCUGGCUUCAACUCCUAUCCGAUUGGACAUGGAUCUGGCUGUGUUGGUGGAUGGGUCACGCAAUGUGCAAGCAGACCAGUAUGAGGGUGUGAAGGAGCUCCUGGGUUCAAUGGUAGAGCAGAUCUCUGUGAGCAGCCAGCCAUCCAGGGCUGAUAGACAGACCAGAGUUGCCCUGUAUCAACCAGUUCCUAGCGCAUACAGGCCCACAGCAGGACAAGUUCCUGUCCAACAGGAGUUUGACUUUACGAGUUUUCAGAACAGUAGUUCAAUGAAAAGCCACAUUUUACAGAGCAUGCAGCAGCUUGGUGGUACCUAUGGGCUGGGAUACGCCGUGGAGUGGGUCAUCACAAGAGGCCUCCUGACGGCCGCAAAGUCACGCAAGAACAGAAUGGUUCUAGCCAUUGUUGGUGGGGAAACAAGCCAGUGGGAUAGAGCCCAGCUUGAAUAUGCCUCCAAAUUAGCAAGUUGUCAGGGCGUGGUGCUGUUCACUCUGACUGUUGGGGACACCUUCAACGCCACUCAAGUGGAGGAGCUGGCCAGCCUACCGUUGGAGCAACAUAUGGUCCAUCUGGGACAGGUGAAGAAAGGAGAGCAGGAGUACGCCACACGCUUCUUGAGAACCUUCCUGAGCUUCCUUAAGAGGGAAGUGAACACAUACCCUCCGGCAGCCAUGAAGCGGAUAUGUCGGGAUUUCCAGCAACAAAACCAAGGGGGUGUUCUUGAAGCUGCAGAACGCCCUCUUGAACAGGUUCCUUGGCUAACAACCACCAAUACCCCGCAAGUUGUGGAAGAAUUCACAGAGGGGGUAGAAGAAGUCACAGAGGGGGGAGAAGAAUUCACAGAGACGGGCCUGGACCAGACGCAGACGCAGCCCACCCGAACAGAUGAGGGCCAGCAGGCCGCUGGGCGCGGAGACUCUGAUGCUCAGUGUGAACUCAGUUUGGACGCCGGCAGAUUUUGUGGAAAGUAUGAGCAGAGGUGGUAUUAUAAUUCAGAGAUCGGUGCAUGCUCGCCCUUCUGGUACGGCGGUUGUGAUGGUAACAGCAACCGGUUUAACACGGAAAGUGAAUGCUUCGACACAUGCAGUGAAUACAACGUAGAUGUACAUCAACAGAAAGAGGAUUCAACCGUAGUGCAAGACGUGUGCAACCUCAGGCAAGAUGAGGGAAGCUGUCGACAGUAUAUUCUGAAGUGGUAUUAUGACACAGUGCAAAAUGAAUGCCUUCAAUUCUGGUAUGGCGGGUGUGAUGGCAAUGGAAACCGUUUCGAAAUCAAAACAGACUGCGAGGCCCGUUGUGUGAGAGCGCGUUAAUGGGAAAAUAAUAAAAAAGUAAUUUGAGGACUCAUACAAACAUUUUAUGUUAUAGGUUUUAGCCAAAUGCCCUUACAAGUGGUGCAGUACCAUGUAUGUAUAGUUUUAUUGGUCAUUGUUAGCGAACCGUUUCUUGGGACCAUGGGAUUUUGUACGGCACAAGCCUGAGUGACAAGUAAAUAUUCUUCCACUUCUACACCAACAGUACUUCCACAUCUACAAGAUGUUGGAUCUCUAAUCUAUUAAGCAAAUUAUAAUAAUAAUUAAAACAUUAUGAAAGGCAUUCAGCUCAAACCAUUCAGCUCAAACAGUGACAAGCAUGAUUGUAGUAAACUCAUGUUGAAAACAACAUGAAUGUCAUUUUAUAGGGCUUUCCCAGUGUCUCCACAAUGUUUGCUGUCUUCACCCUGCACUGACAUUGUUCCAUAACUGUGAUAUUGUCAUUUUUGUGGUCAUCUGGAACAUAAAAAGUACACUUAUGUACUUUUGUAAAGAUCGGAGCAAUACAGUUAAAGUGUACAUGAAUACCUAUUACUCUGAACUGGAGUAUGGUCAUUGCUGAGUUGAAAUGACAUAGCAUUCUGUCAACUGCCUCGAAUAAGUAUUUUUGAUAUCAAAGAUCAACCUAAUAUUGACAAAGUGACGCUAUCUUAAAGUUGAAUUUCAGCUGGUACUGUUUUUUACGAGAAAUGUCUGACAUGUGACUGUUGCCAUAAUUUCCUGACUGUUGAAGAUGUGUAUGAAAAUGUGUAUGAAUUUCUAUAUAAAAAAAAAAAGAAAUGUCAACUUGAACAAAGCCUUGUCAGGGCUUGAAUGUUAAAGGGCUGUUCACACCAAAAAAACGAUAACUAUGACGAUAACGGCAAGGAAGUAUCGCUAUCUCGUUAUAUAAAUGACAACGUCAACGCAUAACAGUAAAGACAUGAAGAGCGACAUCAUCGGGAUCACUUUUGAUUUUGAGAACAAUAAAAAGGUGACAGCGAAUCAGAAUCCAUCAAAUUUUCAGUAUCACAUUAAUCAACACAAGGAUAGACUUUCUUUAUGUUUGGUUAGUGUGGACGCUCGUUAUAGUUACAGUUAUCUUGUUCUGCUAUUGCUCCUGGUGGAAAUGGCCCUUACAGGUUAGGUGAAGGGGUUUAAAUCAAGAGAUAAAUUUGUGGAGUUCUGAAAUUGAAUGACAACAAUUUCAUCCAGUAAGUUUUUUAUACAUGUAAUGCCGAUUGAUCUGGUGCUUGAUGUUUUAAAGAGAAUUAAAGAGAAAUAAAGAAUCAAGAUGA